AUGAGGAAGAGGAGCUCCAGCAGCGACGCCAGGGUGCCGUCGCCUCCCCUGAAAAUCGAGUCAAGCCAGGAAUCGGCACCGCAACGCCCCGAGACGCGCCUCCCCACCACGGAGAGCUGUGCCACCAGCCUUGGGACCCAACAGGAGUUUCAGGCCCUGGUGAAGAGGCUCCCCGGGGACCGUUUCCUGAACAGGACGGCCAUCUCCCACUUCUGGGCCAUGGACCUGGAUGUUCAGCAUCGCUACCAGCAGCUGGGCACCAGCCUGAAGCUGCUCUCCAGGAAAACCCACCGACUCAUCCGGCGGCUCUUCAACCUCAGCAAACGCUGCCACCGGCAACCUCACUUCAAGCUGCCGAAGGAGAGGUCCCUCCCUUACUGGUGGAGCCGCGCGCAGUCACUCCUCUACUGCAGUGAAACCACCGUGCCUGGGACCUUCCUGGAAGAAAGCCGCAGCUGCACGUGUCCCUCCGACCAGCCCUCCUGCCAGGGGUCCAUACCGUGUGCCUUGGGCGAGGGCCCAGCCUGUGCCAGCUGUGCCGAGGACAACAGCACCCGCUGCGGGACCUGCAACCAUGGCUACGUGCUCACCCAGGGCUUCUGCCGCCCCGAGGUGGCCGACUCGCUGGAGCACUACCUGGGGCUGGAGACGGACCUGCAGGACUUGGAGCUCAAGUACCUCCUGCAGAAACGGGACAGCCGCAUCGAGGUGCACUCUAUCUUCAUCAGCAACGACAUGCGCCUGGGGAACUGGUUUGACCCCUCCUGGAGGAAGCGCAUGCUCUUGACCCUGAAGAGCAACAAGUACAAGCCCGGGCUGGUUCACGUGAUGUUGGCCCUCUCCCUGCAGAUCUGCCUCACCAAGAACAGCACGCUGGAGCCCGUCAUGGCCAUCUACGUCAACCCCUUCGGGGGAAGCCACUCGGAGAGUUGGUUCAUGCCCAUCAAUGAGGGCAGCUUCCCAGACUGGGAAAGGACUAACGUAGAUGCCUCUGCCCAGUGCCAAAACUGGACGCUCACCUUGGGCAACAAGUGGAAGACCUUCUUUGAAACGGUCCAUGUCUACUUGCGGAGCCGCAUCAAGUCUCUGGACAACAGCUCCAAUGAGACAAUCUACUACGAACCCUUGGAGAUGGCAGAUCCCUCCAAGAACCUGGGGUACAUGAAAAUCAACAGCUUGCAAGUCUUCGGCUACAGCCUGCCCUUUGAACCAGACGCUAUUCGGGACCUGAUCCUCCAGCUGGACUACCCCUACACCCAGGGCUCCCAGGACUCAGCCAUGCUCCAGCUGUUGGAGAUCAGGGACCGGGUGAACAGGUUGUCACCCCCUGGCAAAACCCGCCUCGACCUCUUCACUUGCUUGCUCCGCCACAGGCUCAAGUUGGCCAACAACGAGGUGGCAAGGAUCCAGUCCUCCUUGAGGGCCUUCAACGCCAAGCUGCCCAACGCGGUGGAGCAGGAGACGGGCAAGCUGUGCAGCUAA